UGUAAUUCUAAUCCAUUCAUUUGUGGCUGUUUCCAGACAGCGGAACCACUGUAUUGUUAUGCGAAGUGGUAGGGCUCUUUAAUUGUUACGCAUUUAACUGCAACGUCACGUUUAACCUCUACAAUGGCGGAUAAAAUAUUGGUAGAUAAAGGGUCGUCUUUUAUGGAUCCUUUCAAAGGGUUUUUGUUGACCUAUUUUAUGCCAGAAUCGUGCUACGACGAGUUUUUUCUCAGUUUCAACUUUCUGGAUGUACCAUGUCUGAAGAUCGUCCUAAGCAAAGUCCUGGGGAUUGGCAUCAUCCUGGGAUCAGUGAUGGUGAAACUGCCACAGAUCUUAAAGCUGAUUGGAGCAAAGAGCGCUGAGGGAUUGAGCUUCAAUUCUGUUCUGCUGGAGCUGCUGGCCAUCACAGGAACAAUGGCCUACAGUAUCACCAACAAGUUCCCCUUCAGUGCCUGGGGCGAGGCUCUGUUCCUCAUGCUACAGACAGUCACCAUUGGCUUCCUCAUUCAGCACUACGGAGGAAGAACCAGUAGAGGUGUCCUCUUUGUCAUUGUGUAUUUUGGCCUGCUGGUCCUCCUGCUGUCUCCAGUCACUCCCAUGGCAGUGGUUACCUCUAUGCAGGCAUCUAAUAUGCCAGCUAUCAUCAUUGGCAGACUGAUACAGGCAUUAACUAACUUCAAUAAUGGGCACACUGGCCAGCUGUCAGCCAUCUCUGUCUUCUUGCUAUUUGCUGGAUCCCUCGCACGUAUCUUCACCUCACUACAGGAAACUGGAGACUCACUGAUGGCCCUGACCUAUGUUAUAUCCUCAGCCUGUAACGGCAUCAUCACUCUGCAGGUACUCUACUACUGGAACAGCUCCCCAGAACGCAAGAAGAAGAAGAAAAAGAAGAGAGAGUAGACAAAGGACAAAGUUAAACUUCAGUUAUAGAGAAACUCUUUCCAUAUCCAACUUCAGACACUCUCAGAGAGGUGUCUUGUAAACUUGAAAGAACAAAUGAAAUGCAUGUACAGAGCCACAGGAAAGUGUGUGUCAAUGAAUCUGCUGGACAAACACUUGACUUUGAAGCAAGGAUACAAACUUAACAUGCCAAACCAACUUUAGUGGUGUUUUCUAUCUGUUCUAUGUAGGCCUACUGGCUUUAUGAUUGACAGUUAGGUUUGGUAGGUGAUGUUGGGUCCACACUCUUGCUGUGCAGUACUACAUUCCUCUUGAUGCGGUUUUCCUCUUUACAAUUGAACUGUGUUCACACUGGUAUGUUUAAGUGUUUGGAAAGGGUCUGUGCAUAGAAAUGUUGAUUUUUCUCAUCCAGGGCAAAAUUCUUUUUUAGCAAUGGUUUGAAACAGUUUUUACCAUGGAUGCAUGUAAAGAAACAUUUGUUGUUUUAUCAUUUGACAUAAAUAUAAUUCCACACCAGCUCCACCAAGAGUCACAUUUGCAGAUUCAGUGCACACUGUUUGUAACCCAUAUGAAAGGUUUCUGUAAUUUUCUACAGGAUCAUGUCACAUGUAACAUAAAGGUGAAAUUUUAAA